CCUCACUUCCUGUGCGGGGGUCCUUGCCUCUAACAAAGAUGGCGGAUGCAUGACAGGUUGCCCCAGAGCCGGACUCAAGGGGCCGCUUUCUGAGGGCGUGGUGGCUACAAGAUGGAGGCCAGAGAUAAGCAGAUUCUCCGCUCCCUUCGGCUGGAACUGGGUGCCGAAGUCCUCGUGGACGGACUAGUUCUUCAGUAUCUCUACCAGGAAGGGAUCUUGACGGAAAACCACGUUCAAGAAAUCAGAGCCCAGCCCACAGGCCUCCGGAAGACCAUGAUGCUGUUGGAUAUCCUACCUACUCGGGGCCCCAAAGCCUUUGACACCUUCCUUGAUUCCCUGCAGGAAUUUCCCUGGGUGAGGGAGAAACUGGAGAAAUCCCGGGAGGAAGCCAUCCAAGAGACGCCUACAGGUGACCAGGCAUCUUCGCUUCCCUCCCACAUUCUGAAGAGCUCACCCUCUGACCGGCAGCUCAACCAGCUGGCCAGGAAGCUGGGCCCCGAGUGGGAGCCCAUCAUGCUGUCCCUGGGUCUGUCCCAGAGGGACAUCUACCGUUGCAAGGCUAACCACCCCUACAACGUGCAGUCUCAGAUCGUGGAAGCCUUCGUCCAGUGGAGGCAGAAGAACGGGAGCCAGGCAACUAUCCAGAGCUUACAGAAGGGGCUGGUGGCCAUGGACGUCGACCCCUCUGUGCUCCAGCACAUGUUAGAGUAAACUCCUCUUCAUCACAGAGAAUCCAGUGUGCUGAGCCAUUAGACUUUUCUGCAAGGCAGGUGUCUUAACAUGUUUCCUUUUCCUAAUUAUCUGUAGAUGAAAUGGGAUGAGGGUCUUGGCAGGUUACUUUUAAGACCAAAUCUCUUAAGGGAUCUUAGCUGUUUGCUGAAAUAUUCAUUUUUUUUUAAUUGCAUGAGGCAAUGACUGAUUUUUGACUCAUUGAGAAAUCACUGGGUUUUUUUAAAUGCCAUAUUCUUGCAACAAAUAUAGAUACUCUAGAUUCCAGACAUACUCUUUAAAUUGGCUGAGAACGGAACUGUGAUCCUUUAUAAUCAUAAUAUUACCAUUAAUAAGUGUUACUUUCAUCAAUAAAAAAUGACUUGCAUAACAAGUCCUC